CUGUGUUGCGGGAGCAGGAGGAAGAGGGAGAAAGAUAAGCAUGAGCUUGCAAGCUUGAUCGACGCGUCGUCGUCGUCGUCGUCGUUGUGGUUGUGGUUGUUGUCGUUGUCGUAGUUGUUGUUGUUUAGUUGAGGUUCGGUAGUUGUCUGUGCGUUUGCGACUAUGGCGUCUUCGCUGCUCCGCACCUGUUGCUGCACGCCAUCCACUGCCGCUGCUGCUGCAGCACCCCUCGCCGAGCCUCGCCGAGGCGCAACCGCAUCCAAUGUCGCUGUUAGGUUGAGUCAAUUGUGCUCGGAGCUUCGGUGGAGUGGUGGCCAUCCCACGUCGUUAUUUUUGAACAGAGGUUAUACGGCUAGGGAUUCGCGCAGGCAGAAGCGAUUUAGUGCUGUGUGCAUGGUGUUGCCCGCCGGAGAUACGCACAGAGUGGAAUCCCCUAAGGUGAACUGGGAGUCCAGGGCCGUGAAAUCUUUCAGCAUGUCUGAGUUGGAAGCUCGCAAGUUGAGGUACCCUAACACAGGAACAGAGUCGAUUCUAUUAGGUAUUCUUACAGAAGGUACAAGUGAAGCAGCAAGAUAUCUUAGAAAGAAUGGUGUAACUUUAUUUGGAGCUAAGGAGGAGAUAAUUAAGCUAUUGGGCAAAGCUGACAUGUAUUACUUCAGCCCAGAGCACCCACCUCUCACCGACUCUGCCCAAAAGGCUUUGGAAUGGGCUGUUGACCCAAAGAACAUACCUGAGGGUGUUUCUGAUCGAGAGUUGAGCACGACAAUGUUGGUGCUCGGUAUCUGGGCUCAGAAGGGUUCGGGUGGUCAAAAAGUACUUGAGAAACUUGGGAUCAACGACGAGAAAAUUGCUGAGCUUGCUGCUACUAUGAAAAAUUCACCUGCCAGUAACUAUCAACAACUAGUAAAAUAGGUCGAUAUUAUCCAGGUUUGACCAAACGUCUGGGGCUGAAACCUUCUGCGUAAGAACAAAUCGGUGGUCAACUCGCUUCAUUAGAUAAUUGUUUCUGAGCAACAUAGCCAUUUUAUCUGGGAAAUUUUGCUUCUGUUUAAUGAUGUCAUACCAAUCUGUAGUGAAGUUUCUUGCAUGAUUUUCAAAUAAUUGCAUCUAACGCUGUCACGUUUCCAUGGAAAUUAAAAUGACUUUCUGGCGUUUU